UUUCCUGUCCUGUCAUUUGAAAACAGGCUGACUGAACCACAGCUGAACUUGUGAAGCUAAAUGAGGGACAUGUGAGGACUACACGCAGCCUGGAUGAAGAAGCGUUGCUUUCUUAUGUGUGUGUUUACUUGCUGAGCCGCCCAGCUCCUCUUGCGUUGAACAGGUAAACAAGUAAAUAAGCUCAUUACCCGAGAUUUGUUGACUCAGCGCGCGGAACAGUGAAGUUAUUGUGACGAAACGUAAACAGAACGUGACGUGCGUUGGAUCGGUCUGACGUUCCGGUGUACUCGGUGCUCCGAGGUGAAGGCGAUGGUUGACUGAUCACAAGAGAAAGUGAAGGGAACCUAAGUUUCACUCGACUUGUUCAUGGCAAGCCAAGCCUGGCUGGAGUCUUCUCUGCGGCGCUCUGCCAGUCUGGGCCUAGAGGUGCUGGAGCGGGCCUCCAGGCGGAGUGUAGACUGGACUAGUACUGGAGUAUGUCAGACCCCCACCACUACAGAUGAAAACACACACAUCCCUAUCAAGAGAAAACACACAGAGCUUGAUAAUGUCUUUGCAACCAUCGCAGACUUCAUGGCGCAGACGACUUAUCAGUGCAAGAAAUUUUAUGAGUCUGGCCGUUGCACUGAGCCCACUGACACUGAGAGGAGCCACGUGUCCAGGUUCCACACACGGCCAGCUGCUGGGAUGACGUCUUCUGCACAGUCAACCAGGAAACGUGCGAGGGCUCCUUACAACAAAGGUCGCGUGUCAUCAGCAGGUGAAGAUUUCUAUAUUGAGGUUUCACCAGGGACAUAUUCUAUCACUGCCAGCAUGUCCGAGUCGGAGCAGCAGACUCAGCUGGUCAGCGUCAAAGCUGGAGAGAGUAUUGACCUCACCUUCAAUCUCUGACACCUCACCCAAACAAACCAGUCACCCUUAACCCUCGAUAACUAAACUGACCUAUGAUAUUUAUGCUGUGUGUGUGCGUUUAUUGCUUGUUUUUACAUGGAUUGCUGCAUUAAGAGUUUACAAUUUAUUUUGCUUUCAAAAUGUUUCAUUUGCUGUAUAUUGAGAAGCCAUAUUUUUAUUGCAGUAGUAUUUUAUUUGUGUGUGUGUGUGUGUGUGUGUGUGUGUGUGUGUGUGUGUGUGUGUGUGUGUGUGUGUGUGUGUGUUUUGUUUGUGUGUGUGUGUGUGUGUGUGUGUGUGUGUGUAAUGCAGUACUUUUACUUGCACUAAAGAUGCAUCAGUUUCUUAAAAUAAAGUAUCAAUCUUUUGUUUGUUUUUUGUUUUUUACCAACUUUAUACAGGUACAGUAUAUGCUGAGGUCUUAGCUGUGCAUUGUACAUGUAGCAUUGUUGGCAGAAAAAGCCUGCCGUCCCACUGGUGGUCGAGGUUUGAAGUUGGUCGUUCCAAAAACAUCUCUGAUGUUCGCUCUUCUUCCUUUAGCACCAGGAAGUGAUUGAAACACAGAGCUGUGAUUGGGCGAGGCACUGAUCUGUGGGACAGGAAAGCUGAGCCUUACAGGUUGUGACGUCCUCCUUGCCACGGCACUCCCUGCAGAUAAACAUAAAUAUAUCAACAUGAACAGAUGUCAUGGGGGCUGAGGCUCUGUCACAUAGCAUCUUAGUGGCUUAGCUGCGGUUUAAGUCAGCUUGACUGAAACGUGAGGGUUCAAAAUUGUUAUUGAAUCUGCAUUGCUGUGCUGUUAAUGCUUAUUGUGAUCUGCAAUGUGUUUUGCAAUAUUGUAAACAUAUUAAAUAAAUAUUUCCAUAUAGAA